UCGACCAUCGUCACCAUUGCCAUCCCAUGGGAAGUUGCAUAUCAACACCAACAAAACUAGUAGGUGUAAUAUCAAAGAAAUAUUAUGACAGUUACAAAUCGAAAGUAAAAUCCAAACAUGCACGACCCAAUCACGAUAAGACACGAAAAUCGACAAACCUACAUGCAAGUAAUAGUAGGGUUUUGAGGGAUUCAUCAGGAGAUAAUAUAUUGGAAAGAUACGAGUUAGGAAAAGAGUUAGGGAGAGGCGAAUUUGGGAUCACACAUCAAUGUUUUGAUCUAGAAACCGGGAAGGCUUAUGCAUGUAAAAAGAUAUCAAAGGCAAAGUUGAAGACGGAGAUUGACGUUGAAGACGUAAGGAGGGAGGUUGAGAUCAUGAGGCAUUUGCCUAAGCAUCCGAAUAUUGUUUCCUUUAGGGAGGCUUUCGAGGAUAAAGAAGUUGUUUAUCUUGUGAUGGAGCUUUGCCAUGGAGGUGAACUUUUUGACAGAAUCGUCGCUAAAGGUCAUUACACAGAACGAGCUGCUGCCACCAUUUUCAAAACCAUUUUAGGGGUUGUAAAGGUGUGCCAUGAACAUGGAGUGAUACAUCGGGAUUUAAAGCCUGAGAAUUUCUUGUUGGCAGAUGGAAGUGAAAAUGCCCCAAUAAAAGCAAUUGAUUUUGGCCUCUCCAUAUUCUAUGAACCUGGUCAGCGUUUCAAUGACAUUGUUGGAAGUCCUUAUUACAUGGCUCCAGAGGUUUUAAAAAGAAAUUAUGGGAAGGAAAUUGAUAUAUGGAGUAUAGGCGUUAUCCUCUAUAUCUUGCUUUGUGGAGUUCCUCCCUUCUGGGCAGACACUGAAGAAGGAAUUGCACAUGCAAUUAUAAAAGGUAAAAUAGACUUUGAAAGGGAUCCUUGGCCUAAGGUUUCUCGUGAAGCAAAGGAUCUUGUGAGGAGCAUGCUUGAUCCAAAUCCAUAUAGUCGGAUGGCGGUUCAAGAGGUCCUUGAACAUCCUUGGAUACAAGACUUCGAACGUGCUCCAAAUGUUAAUCUGGGAGAAAAUGUGAGAACAAGGAUUAAACAGUUCUCCUUGAUGAGUAAGUUCAAGAAGGAAGUUCUGAGGGUGGUAGCAGACAACCUGCCAAAUGAACAAAUCGAUUCAAUUAUGGAGAUGUUCCAUAUGAUGGACACUGACGAAAAUGGAGACUUGUCGUUUGAGGAGCUAAGAGAUGGACUUCAGAAAAUUGGACAUUCUUUUGCUGAUCCUGAUGUGCAGAUGUUAAUGGAAGCAGCCGACAUUGAUGGAAAUGGAACACUUAGCUGUGAGGAGUUUGUGACAAUGGCAGUUCACCUGAAAAGGAUUGGCAACGACGAGCACCUCUCUCAAGCUUUUCGUUUCUUCGACAAGAACCAAAGUGGUUUUAUCGAAUUCGAAGAAUUGCAAGAAGCCUUACUCCAUGACAACCUUGGUCCCUGCAAUGAACAGCUAAUCAAGGACAUCAUGCACGAUGUCGACAAGGAUAAGGAUGGUCGAAUCAGUUACGCAGAGUUUAAGGCAAUGAUGCAAACAGGGAUGGACUGGAAAAUGGCUUCUCGCCAAUAUUCUAGAGCUUUGCUAAAUGCAGUGAGCAUCAAAAUAUUAAGACAAUCUGGCCAACUAAAAUGA